UUUGCGAAUUGGUUUCGAGAUUACGCUGAACUUUUGAGUGGACAGUCCGUUACAUUGAUGAUUAACAUUCUCAGAGAGCUGAUAGGUCACCGAACUGCUUAGCCUACAAGGACUCAGUCCAUUUGCCCUCUGAAUGAACCUCAGCGACUUCUAUUGCAUAUCGCAUUGCGACUUUUUCUGAUAACAUAACAUGUCCUCCACAGUCCAUCCGUUACCAGUUCUGGACGAAGAUUGCCUCCAUCGUGUUCUGCACUUCCUCGACAGAUCUACGAUCGUAACCUUUGCGAGGACCUCACGCAAUGGGGCCCUUAUGACUGAGUCCCACCUCGUCCGGGAUGUCCAACUUGACCGAUCCACGAAACAACUCAUGGCUUUCUGCCAGUUCUCUCUUUCCAGAGAUGUAGGCAGCAUCACCAAGGAUCUGCACAUACGGGGUGACGCGGCAUGCCGGCUCGCAGGCGAAACAGACCUAUAUUGGAGAAGUGUCGUAGAAACGCUGGAGCAGACUCUUUACAAGCUUACCAACCUCGAACACUUUUCGUUGCACUCCAACACCUUGCCAGGAAUUUAUUCGCUGGGCCGCGAGCUUCCGAUAGCUCAGACGCUCCUGGGCCGUCCUUUAUUGCGAUACCUCUCGGUCUCGGGUGUCGAUACACCGUUCCUCCGCAUGAUUCAUCCCAUACGAGGUCUCCAUCACCUAGGAAUCCACGUUGCCCAUUCAGCUGUCCGUUCUUCUUUCAUCGACGCCGAGUCAAUCGUGACAAACAUGAUUACCAAUUCAAUCGAUACCCUCACAGAAUUAUCGCUUUCAGACAUCGAACCGCCUUAUCUGGUGUACAGCGAAUACGAGGCCGCCGUCCGCAUCAACCCUACCGUGCGCCACCUCAGCCUCCGUCACCCGACUAACUUCCAUUACACCAUCUCCCUCGAACGUCUUGCUCUCGCAUUUCCGAACAUCGAACAUCUCUCUCUAGUGAAGAGUGGGAUGCUUCUCGGUCAAUCACGGUCUACUCUUCCUAUAAAGAGUCUCAAGACAGACUCGGCCCUGUUUCCUUUCCAAGCGGUCAGCGAUACGUUGACGCGCAUCGAGUUCUCGAAGGACAAGUUCCUCGCGGAUGGUUCGGUGGAUUGGACAAUUUUUCUACGCUCCAUCGGGGAGUGUCCGAUCACACAUCUUUCGCUGCCAAUAUUUUUGAGGGAACCCAAUUCGCCUUGCUUGUCGCAGUUGGCAGCGGCUAUUCCGAACAUUGAGGUCCUCGACCUUAGUAUCACGGUCGCUGCAUGGAUAGAAUCAAACGUUAUAUUCGAAUACUUCACACUACCUGACCUCGAAGAGCAUCCAUGCUUCCGACACCUGCAAUACCUCCGCCUCGACAUCUUCCACACUCGUAAGACCACCCAAGCGGACUCAGAAAAUCUCAUCAAGUGUCGAAAAGCACUUGCGAAGGCUUGGAUCGAAUGCCUUCCAUCUCUGGUCCUUGUGGAGGUAUCCAUGCCUAUCAAAUUGGAGGGGCAAGAUGCCAUUAGGAGUCGGCUAUGGUGGGAACGUGAGAAGUCAAGAAACGCGGUGGAGAUAUCUUACGCGGAGGGGAUGUCUGCUAGAGAGAGAUAUCGCUGGGAAUCCAGUAGCGAUAUAUGAUCGCGCAGCUUCUGAGCUUUGGUUUUCUUCUCAGGCUCCUGAGACAUAUAUCAUCAUCUGCGAUUGAACACGCAUAUCACAUAUUGUUCUCUUGUAUUGUUCUUGACGAUACACACAGACACAGUGUCUAUGAUACCUCCGGCGAGGGAGCAGAGCCCAAAUGGACCAAGAUUUUUUUUUCUUCAGCUUUGAUGCAACGAUCUUCCUCCAAACUUGACCAUGUCUUCCGGUCCAGGCCUCUAUUUUUGUUUCUUGAUAUUCAUCCGUCUCCACGUCUCUUACCG